GAAUAGCUAAGUUCUUUUUCUUAUCAUCCCAUGAACAAAUUCUAGGUAAUUCAACCAAUCUUUCUGAUUUUGUUGUGGUUGAAGGUUUGGUUGGAAAUUUUGAUAUGACUGGAAAUUCUGAUGAGGUCGAUGAUUCUGAUGGGACCGGUAAUUUUGAUCGUAUGGGUGAGGUCGAUGAUUUAAACGGCGUCGUCGAAAAUUUGUCAGGUGAGCGGAAUGGAGUGAUGUCUUAUGGUUCCCUUGAUGCUUGGGAAUUUCACUCACAGCAUCCAGUGGAAUCCGAUCGGUGA